GAGUCAGUUGAGGAGAAAGUUCACCGUUGGACGGUCAGUCAACCCUGAGUGAGAGCGCACCAUGGCGGGCGAAGGCAGAGUUUGUUCAGCCGGGCGCAGCGAGCUCCACGACUCCUCGGACUCGGACUCGGAGGCGGAGGUGGAGCCCGCUCGGGCGGUCGGCGCCGGGCCGUCGUCCUCCUCCUCCUCCGGCGCCUUACCCGGCACGCAGGUCAUCCACAGCGGACACUUCAUGGUGUCGUCGCCCCACAGCGACUCCGCGCCGCGCCGGAGGAGGAGCGGCGGCUCCCACAGAUACGACUUCGACACGGUGAACAGGACGUGGUGCCAGACGUACCGUUACGGGCCGCUCAGCUCCGGGAGCCUGAGCAUCGACCCCACUCUGACCCGCCUGUUCGACUGCAUGUCCCUGGCCUACAGCGGUAAGAUAGUCUCUCCUAAGUGGAAGUCUUUCAAGGGGCUGCGGCUGCUGUGGAGGGAUAAGAUCCGUCUGAACAAUGCGAUCUGGAGAGCUUGGUUCAUUCAAUAUGUGGAGAAGAGGAAGAGCCCAGCAUGUGGGUUCGUCACACCGCUGGAGGGCUCGGAAGCAGAUUCACAUCGAAAGCCGGAAGCGAUCGUGUUAGAGGGAUGCUACUGGAAGCGAAGGAUCGAGGUGGUGAUCAAGGAGUAUCACAAAUGGAGGAUCUACUAUAAGAAGAGGCUUCAGAAAAAGAAGGAUGAUAUUCUAUCAAUGCUACAAGAGGGUCAGAUCUGCCAGGCCAAGCUGGAGAAAUGGUCUAAUCAGAUGUACCAGGAGCCCAAGGCCGCGCCGGUGGAGGCCCACAUGUUCGACCUGGACUGCCUGCUCUCUGACAUCUCCGACACCCUGUUCACCAUGACUCAAAAGCCAUGUCCCUGGGCCGGUGACCAUCAAGACACAUACACAAGCAAUGCUGAUAUAAUCCAGCCAGGCCUGACUCCACUGCAGCCCAACCUAGACGAUUUCAUGGAUAUACCAGAUAUCUUUAUGAACUACCGGGGCCAGCCCACAGAGCAGACUGGUUUUGCUGAUUGUGGCUAUUUUGAGUGCACAUCCAGCGCAGAGUUUGCUCCAGUCCCCUCCCCUGUGGUCACAGCUCCUCAGCUACUCAUCGACCCCCAGCUGGCUCAGCCCAAUCUCUCAUCUGACAAUUUGUCUCAGCCCUCUUCAUCCAAUACCCGGCCAGACCAGACCAGGCCACACCAGGGAUGCGGUGAAUACCAAACAUCGGGCAUCAUAUCAGGUGCCAUGCCAUAUGGACCCCAGUCGUACUCUGAUCCGCCCGUUUCUAUAGCAUACACCAGCAGCAUCGAGCAGCUGGCCUCUUCGAGCGUUCCUUUUUUGUACCCACUUCCAUGCCACAAAUUCGGUUACUACACCACGACCAGCGUGACCCCCACUGUCAUCACCCACACCGCCUCCACCAUGGGCGCCCAGGGCUCUGUGCACCAGGCUCACGGCUACACUCACACAGGGGACGCGUACCCCCUGACUCCCUGCCACUCUCUCAGUUACCCGGCCGCUGUGUCUGACCCGGUCCACACUGCGCUGCCCUCUGUCACCGCGGCCCACUGCUUCUCCGUCCCGGAGCAGGUGGCUGUUACAGGGGUCAGAGGGAAGCACAAGCAGAAGACAGGAGGAGUGAGGGCAGCCGGUCCCCCUGUUGCUCCGUCUGGCCCCCCGUCCACUGCACCCACACCCACUAGCUGCCUGGCUCAGCUGCUCUCCUCCGGCGCACGGGAACGGAAGCCAUCAUUAGGAUUUGAUGCUACUCUGGUGGCAGCCAAAGGUCAGAGGUCAUCAUCUCCCAGCUCCUCGCAGUCAAGCAGCAGCACGCAUGUCGGAGGAGCUUCAUCACAGCAGCACCAUGGGGCCGGAUGGCCUGCGGGGAUCCCGGUGUUGACGCCUCUGCACAGCCAGAGCGCCACCCUGGGUCACAGUGGACCACACGCCAGCACCUCCAGAGGCUCGGCGGUGUCCGCCCUGCUCACCCACGGCUCCGCGCACACGGGUACCACCCUCCUCAUUCCCAAGACGGAGAAACUGUCUCCAGUCCAGCUCUACAGCACGGACAGGAGCAGCUUAACAGUCCAUUUUCCAGGACAUCCAGGCCAAACAUCACCACCAAACCCGAUAGAGAAGGUCUCCAACCUCGAGUCCUCACAUUCAGGCUUCUCAGUUCUCGGAAAGAUAGAAUCAAGUAAGCAAACAGAGACCAGGAGGAUAACUCACAUCUCUGCAGAGCAGAAGAGGCGUUUCAACAUCAAACUGGGUUUUGACACUUUACAUAAUCUUGUGACAACACUCAGCUCUCAGCCGAGCAUAAAGAUCAGUAAAGCCACCACGCUGCAGAAGACGGCUGAGUACAUCAGCAAGAUGCAGCAGGAGCGAGCUCAGCUGCACGACGAGGCUCAGAGGCUCAGAGAGGAGAUCCAGCUCCUCAACUCUGCCAUCAAUGUGUGCCAGCAGCAGCUACCGGCCACCGGUGUGCCCAUCACGCGCCAGCGCUUCGACCACAUGAGGCAGAAGUUCAGAGAGUACGUCCAGGCGCAGACGCUGCAGAACUGGAAGUUCUGGAUCUUCAGUAUCAUCAUCGAGCCGCUGUUUGAGUCCUAUAACGGGAUGGUGUCCACCGCCAGCAUGGAGGACCUGUGUCGAUCCACUCUGUCCUGGCUGGACCAACACUGCUCCCUGCCCGCGCUCAGACCCAUGGUUCUGAGCUCACUCCGUCUCCUGAGCACCACGACAGCCAUCCUGACGGACCCCAGCGUGCUGCCGGAGCAGGCCGCCCUCGCCGUCACCCAGGGCAACCCCGCCGCUGUCCUGGACCAAUCCUUACAGCCCGCCACCCGGGACAGCACACACCCCAUGUGACCCUGAAGAGCAGACUCGGUUGACACUUGAACAGGAGACAACAAGUCAGAGGACAGCACGUGGACUGAUUAAUAAAGACCCAACCCCUCAUCUCGGAGACUUUUUCAUAAUGCAUAAUCACAUUCCAAUAAAACUCGCCAGCCGCAAAAAGAAUGUAUUCCACUACACCCAAGAAUCAGAGGAGCUAUAUGCGAUCUGUGUGUAAAUUCUGUUGAGGGUUUACCACACUUGUAACAUACACUUGUAAGUAUUUCUCUGCCUUAAGAUAAUUUUCUCGGAAAGCGUUACGAGUCACUGUGACUGUCAAUAAAAUGCUUAAUUUACUGUUAAAAUAA